AUGACAUCGGCGAGGAGCUCAGUUAACUCGGCGAACAAUGGGUCGAUGACUCGCCGUACCGAGCUCGGCAAGUGGUGGAAUAUUGCGAAUGUGAAAAUCGAUGCGGAGAGCACAGGCCUUCUAGCCUUCCGAGGAAGUACAAAAGAAACUACUUCAAGAGACAUUCUCGAAUUCACAAACGUUUCGGAUGAUGCGCCUCCGAAUUUCACACAUAAAGAAGCAUUCAAUCCCCCCCCCACUGACGAUUUCAUGUUUAGAGAUGACAACAUAACUUUCGGUGUCAUUCCGAUCCCUAUUGCUUUCAGUUUGUUGCAGAAGCUCUCCUCUUCGAAACCAAUUUAUGAUUUCGGUCUCUCCUCAUCCUCCGAGGAAUCCAAAGGAGAAGAAGAUGUUGAAGCAAACAAGCCAUCCUCUCCCAAAGCUCAAGAUAAUCCAGUUAAUGGAUCCAAGCCCUCAAAAUCACAUGAUGAAGAUGAUGAUGUUGAAAGGAAAUUUUAA